AUGGAGUCGGCCGUGACAGCUGAGAGGUUUUACCCGAGUAAAGAGCGGCAGCCUUCUCAAGCCACACGAAAAACUCCAAAUCGCCGCUAUUCAACAACUCUAGCAGUUCUACCCGGUGAAUCACCACCAUAUUGGAUAAAAACUUCGCAUAGGCCGCUCUCAAUUGCAUCAGUUGAGAGUACGGACUAUGCUAUCACCCUUCGUGACAAUACCAAAGGCGACAGUUCCAAGCAAAAAAUAUGUUGGGCAAAAAGUGCUCACAUUGAAAAUUAUGUAAUUAUAAGCGAUAACAGAACAGAUAUUGGUGCUUUCGUGGUGUGGAAAAUCACUUUAGAGAUGAUGCAAGGCGGUAAGAUGUAUAUUAGCAAACGUUACUCAGAAUUCGAUCGUCUACGCCAAGACCUUGUACGAGCCUAUCCUUAUUUCCGCGCUGCUAUGCCAACGCUUCCCCGCAAGAGCGUUAUAUCCAAAUUCCGUCCCAAAUUCCUUGAAGAACGCAGGUCCGGCCUCCAGUACUUCCUCAAUUGCGUUCUAUUAAACCCCGAGUUUGCUGGAUCUCCCAUACUAGAGCAAUUCCUUUUUCCUUGA